UCACCGUUAACGGCCAAGCGACACCAAUCCGUACCCUGGAGACACCGAAAAACAGAAGCGACCCAAUGCAGUUAGAUGCAGGUAGGAAAAUCACAGAACCUCCAGAAGACUCUUCACUCUCUUCUGCAGCUCUCGUCCACCAUCAACCACCUGAAGCAGAUUCACUGCCGCCUCGUUCUACUCGACCUCCACCAAGACCAAUUUUUGAUUACCGCUCUCGUUACUGCUCUCUCUCAACGCUUUCAAGCCAUCAAUUAUGCUCGCUCUAUCUUCACCCAGAUGCACAACCCCAACACGUACUUGUCCAACGCCAUGAUCCAAGCCUUCUCCGAAACACCCGGAUCCCAGAGCGAUGCCCUUUCCUUCUAUAUCCUUCAAAUGCGAGACGGAACCGACCCCACGAGGAGGCCCAACCGUUUUACCUUCCCCCCUUUGCUGAAGGCCUGUGUCGCUGCCUUCUCCUUAGUGAAACCCAUCCAAGAAAUUCAUGCUCAAGUUACAAAGUUCGGAACUUACGAUGAUGUUUACGUUGGAACCACCCUGCUUGAUUCUUACUCAAAGUGCGAUGACAUUGAGUUCGCACGCAAGGUGUUCGAGGAGAUGCCUGUUAAAAAUGUUGUCUCUUGGAAUUCCAUGAUUUCAAGUUUGGCGAGGUGUGGAGAUGUGAGCUCUGCUAAAAAUCUCUUUGAGGAGAUGCCCGAGAAGAAUUUGGUUUCUUGGACUAGUGUGAUAUCGGGUUAUGCACAAAAUGGGUAUUUCCGUGAGACAUUGGCGAUGUUUGAGGAGAUGGGUGCUGCAGGGCUGAAGCCGAAUGAUAUUACAUUGGUGAGUGUUCUAUCAGCUUGUGCAAAUCUGGGUGCUCUUGGGCUUGGGAAGCGGGUCCAUUCUCUAUUGGAGGAUAAUGGUUAUCUGUUGGAUUUGUUUGUGGGAAGUGCUCUUAUAGAUAUGUACUCAAAGUGUGGUAUGGUUGAUGAAGCUAUUCAAGUAUUUGAGAGGAUGCCUCAAAGGAAUGUGGUUGCUUUCAGUGCAGUGAUUGUGGGGUUGGCCAUGAACGGGCGGGGAUUGGAGGCCAUUAGGAUCUUUGAACAUAUGAGAUUUCAAGGGUUGAUACCCAAUGACAUCACCUUCGUUGGAGUCUUAUGUGCUUGUUGUCAUGCGGGUUUGGUAGAUGAGGGAAAGCAUUACUUUGACUGCAUGACUCAGGUUUACUCUCUAGUCCCUAAGCUCCAACACUAUGCAUGUAUGGUUGAUCUUCUAGGCCGGGCUGGCCAUGUUGAUGAAGCUUACCACUUCAUCAUGGAGAUGCCCAUCAAGCCGGAUGUUGUUGUCUGGGGAGCUUUGCUUGGAGCAUGUAGGAUUCAUUGCAACUAUGAACUGGGUGUACAUGCUGCUCGACAGAUUCUAGAGCUUGAUCCCCAACAUUCUGGAGGCUUUGUAUAUUUAUCCAACGCUUAUGCUAGAACGGGAGACUUGGAUGGCAUGAAAAUGGUGAAAAAGAUUAUGGGAAUUUCAGGGAUGAAGAAAUUACCUGGGAUAAGUUGGAUAGAAGCGAACAAUGUUGUCCAUCAGUUCUUUGCAGGAGAUAAAUCCCACCCCCAAAGUGAUAGGAUUUAUGCAAAGUUGGAUGAGUUGGCUAAGCAGUUGGAAUGCGAAGGUUAUACCCCAGAUGUAGACUCUGUAUUCUGUGACGUAGAGGAGGAAGAGAAGGAGCAGUCACUUUAUGUCCAUAGUGAGAAACUAGCAAUUGCCUUUGGAUUGAUCAACAGCCCUGAAGGGACCCUUAUUAGAAUGGUGAAAAAUCUCCGAGUUUGUGUUGACUGUCAUUCGGCUAUAAAGCUCAUCUCAAAGAUUGUGGGAAGAGAGAUAAUACUCAGAGAUAGUAACCGUUUUCACCAUUUCACUGGAGGGAUGUGUUCUUGCAAAGACUAUUGGUGAUCUGACAAACCGCUCAACCAUGAAAUAUGAAAUGCAGGGGCAUGUGUUCUCCGAUUCGUUUUAACCUUUAACCAGACAAAGGAUAUACAAAAAAAUCCAUUAAUGCUGCUUAGACCUAGACGAGGUAUUGUAGCAGAAUUUAUCAGAAUUAUCUAUUUAUUUGUUUAUGGUACUAAAUUGUUUAGCUGCAGUACUCUU